UGAAUUUUCGAAUCCUAAUCGAUCCUAUAUCCGAUUUUUGAGUUCUUAAUGGGACGUGUCAGUAGCAUGAAUGACCACGUACGUACGUCCAAAUCCACAAGCCUUCCCCCCAAAGUUUCCCUCUCUUUUGCUCUUCCCCUGUCCUCGGUAACCAAACCGUCGACAGAAUUGCCUGUACCAGAGGAAAAGCCCGUUUCCAAUCCUCCAAAAUCCGGCCAAGAAACUGCACGAUGACCACAAACCCACCACCAACAAUGGUUCAACCAGGAAGAAUAAGGGUACUAAAACCCGGGUCAAAUCCAAAUGGAGCAGUGGUAUAUUGGAUGUUUAGGGAUCAAAGGGUGAAGGAUAAUUGGGCAUUAGUUCAUGCCGUUGAUGAAGCCAACAAGAGAAACGCUCCAGUAGCAGUUGCAUUCAACUUAUUUGAUAUGUUUAAAGGUGCAAAUGCAAGACAUUUAGGGUUUAUGUUGAGAGGUUUGAAGCAUUUGCAAGCCUCUUUGUAUAAUUCCCUUCAUAUUCCUUUCUUCCUUUUUCAGGGAGAAGCUAUAGAGACAAUACCAAAGUUUUUGAUAGAAUGUGGGGCCUCUCUGUUGGUUACUGAUUUUACACCUUUGAGGGAAAUUCGGAAGUAUAAGGAAGAAAUUUGUAAGAAAGUGGGUGAUUCAGUGUCUGUACAUGAAGUUGAUGCACACAAUGUGGUUCCAGUUUGGGAAGCAUCUAGCAAGUUGGAGUAUGGGGCGAGGACAAUUAGGAGCAAAAUUAAUAAGUUACUUCCUACUUAUUUGAUUGAUUAUCCUACUCUUCAAUCUCCAAAUCAAAGAUGGGCUUUUACACCUCCGGACAUACAUUGGGAUAAGCUUAUUCAAGAAUGUCUUAAAAAGGGUGCAGGAGUGUCUGAAAUUGAUUGGUGUGAACCUGGUGAAACUGCUGCAUUAGACGUCUUGAUGGGUAACCAGAACGGGUUUUUGACGAAAAGGUUGAAAAACUAUGCUACUGAUCGUAAUAACCCAUUGAAACCAAGAGCUUUAUCUGGUCUCUCUCCAUACUUGCAUUUUGGCCAAAUAUCUGCUCAACGUUGUGCCUUUGAGGCCCGUAAUGUCCGCAAAGUUGCUCCCGAGGCAGUUGAUGCAUUCUUGGAAGAAUUAAUCGUACGUAGAGAACUUGCCGACAAUUUCUGCUAUUAUCAACCUCACUAUGACUCACUCAUGGGGGCUUGGGAAUGGGCACGCAACACAUUGAUGGAUCAUGCUUCUGAUAAAAGGGAACACUUGUACACGAGAGAGCAAUUGGAGAAGGCACAAACAGCAGAUCAACUAUGGAACGCUUCUCAGUUGGAGAUGGUUCAUUUUGGCAAGAUGCACGGUUUUAUGCGCAUGUACUGGGCAAAAAAAAUUUUGGAGUGGACUAAUGGGCCUGAAGAAGCUCUUGCAAUUGCUAUCUACUUGAAUGACAAGUAUGAAAUAGAUGGCAGAGAUCCAAGUGGAUAUGUUGGCUGUAUGUGGUCUAUAUGUGGAGUGCAUGACCAGGGGUGGCGGGAACGUCCAGUAUUCGGUAAAAUCCGGUAUAUGAACUAUGCGGGGUGCAAAAGAAAAUUUAACGUUGAUGCGUAUAUUGCUUACGUGAAGAGGUUAGUUGUCGAGACUAAGAAGAGAAAAGCCGAGGCUGGACUUUCUUCCGGUAGGGAUAAAGAAACUCGUCGUGAAGCCUAAUACUUGCUGCUGAGUGCUUGCAUUUCCAUGGAGGAUGUUUUGCUUCCUAUCUUAGGUUAGAACUUAGAAUGUAGCUUUUGCUCUUUGGCAAAACAUUGGUUUAGAGCUUUUUAGUAGGCUAUUCAAAUUACCAUUGUUAUCACAAUGAAUUUGGCAUCCUCAUUCUCCUGAGUAAUGAUUUAUUGGUGAAUUAGGAUGAUUUUGAAUGAUAAAGGUAUUAUGUUUGCUACUUUUUUUCUUCCAAAUGUUAAGCUGUAUUCUUAAUGGAAUGACUUACGGUAA